GAUUGCAAAUAUGGAACAGCCGUGGCUUCUGCGUCGGGUGGCUUUGAUUCGAUCCAUGGCCAUAUUUGGAAUCGCUUGACGACCCGCGUCUGCCCCUAACGCGCCUCCUACUUACAACUUCCAUCUCGCCUCGAGCCACUGCAGUGCUCAUUCGUACUCGACAAAUCCCGAAAAUCUAGAGACCUUUCUCAGUCCUCGCCAUGAGCGCGAAGGAAAACGAGGCGUCCCGCGCGAACGCGAUGCCUUUCAUCAAACCCGAGCCAGAGGAAUAUAAGAUACUUGCUCCUGGAGUCUCUGAGAACUCUGCCGACGUGAAAAGUCCGGGUUACAUAGUGAAACCGGAACCCGCAGAGGCUGGGCAUGCCGCCUUCGGCAGUUAUAAGCCAGAUCCUGACGCUGGCAGCGACGGUCUAGGUGCCCAAGAUUACGGCGCAAAUGGACCGCGGCUUCCUCCACGAGCUGCACCUCUGAGCAGAACCUCAUCGAAGAUCACGCAGCCUCUGUACAAGGUUUUCAAGUCUGUGGAGGAGAUCAAUUAUCUGCCUGAGGAGGCGUUGAAUGAGGGUCUGGGUAUGGUCAAAACGAUUAAGGCCAACAUCAAGACCCUCGAAGUAGGCAGCAAGUUACGCAAGGAGGUCUGGUUGCGAGAGAUAGAGAGUCUGCAGAGCCAAGGCGCGCCGACGACCAUGAUAGCUGUCUGCGGAGCGACCGGCGCUGGAAAGUCGUCUAUCCUGAAUGCUAUCCUCGACGACAACAUUGUGCCCACUAGCGGCAUGCGGGCUUGCACGGCCGUGGUUACUGAGAUUGCCUACCACGCGAAGAAGACGAUCGAUGCCGACAUUUCCUUCCUGUCGGAGAGGGAGUGGAGAGAUGAGCUAGCUGUCCUACUGAAAGACAUGAUAGAUGAAGACGGCAACGUGAAACGUACUACUGACCUUCGUGGCGAGGCAGGAGUCGCUUGGUCCAAGGUGCACGCGGUGUAUCCCAAGAUCACUCAGGACAUGCUCGCGCACAUGUCGGUUGACCAGAUUAUCGCACGCGAACCGAAAAUCAGAGCCAUCUUGGGGACGACAAAGCACGUAUGUGCUAAUGAUUCGAAAACCUUCGCGAAGGAGGUGGCCAAGUACAUCGACUCGAAGGAGAAGAAGCACGGGAAGAAGAACAAGAAGGACAAGGAGAAAGAGAAGGAAGCUUCAGGUAGCCUCAUGGAUCUGCUGAAGAAGGAUAGCGGCAAGAAGAAGGACAAGGACGAUGAUGGUUCGGCCUAUUGGCCGCUGAUUCGGCAGGUGCAGGUGAAGUGCGACUCGCCUGCGCUGUCCACAGGAGCUAUCCUGGUCGAUCUCCCCGGUGUCGCAGACGCUAAUGCAGCGCGAAACAACAUCGCGAAGGAUUACAUGAAGAAAUGCGAUUGCAUCUGGAUUCUCGCGCCUAUUACUCGUGCAGUCGACGACAAGACAGCGCGCGACCUGAUGGGAGACGCAUUCAGAAUGCAGCUCAUGAUGGAUGGCGUCUACGACGAUCAUGCCAUCACCUUCAUUGCCUCCAAGUGCGACGAUGUCUCGUGCAGUGAAGUUAUCCAAGCACUGAGCCUUGAGGAUGAGCCUGAGCUCGAGGCAAUCGAGGAACAGAUUGGUCGGUGCAGGAUAGAGACCAACGAAUGGCGGAGGAAGAAGGCCGACGCCGAGGAUUCCGUGAAAGACAUGGAGGCGAAGCUGAAGGAGAUACGCGCUUACCUUGCAGAGUACAAAGAGCACAAGACGGCGUUGAAGGAUGGAGAGCCGUUUGUACCGCGGAUCACCGCCAAGAGCUCAGGCAAGAAAGAGUCGACAUCCAGAGGGAAGAAGCGCAAGAACCAGCGCGGCGGCAAGAAGGGGUCUUCCAAGAAGAGAAAGAGUAGCUUUGCGUCGAGCGACGAAGACCAAGAUGACUUCAUCGACGAUGAAUCGGACUUCUCUGAGCAAGAGUCUGACUCCGAUUCCGAGAAAGAGUCCGACAAGAGCGACGACGACGACGAAGGCUCUGAUGGGUCCGGCUCUGAGUCUUCAGACAAGGAGGACGAAGAUGAGGAAAACCAAGAUGGCGCUGAGGCUGAGGAGGUAACGGUGGAAAGCCUUGAACGCAAGAUCAAAGAAGCCAACGACGCCAUUAAGGCAGGCCGGACCGAGCUAUCAGAGCUCCGCAAGCAGAAGAAGGAGGCCAACGACAUGCUCGCCACCUUGAAGAAGAAGCAGACAAAGGUUCAAAGAGAUAAGAACGCCUUCUGCUCGCUUAGGCGCUCGGAGUUCUCUCGCGAGGUGCUCAAGGAUGACUUCCGGCAAGGUCUCAAAGACCUGGAUGACGCCGCCGCUGAAGAACGCGACCCGGAUAGCUUUGACCCAACGAGGAACAUCCGUGACUAUUCUGCUAUCAAUCUCCCUGUUUUCACAUGUUCGGCGCGAGACUACGUGCGCAUCAAGGGGCAAGUCAAGGGCGACGGAGAUCCUUCGUGCUUCUGCAAAGUCGAGGACACUGGCAUCCCCGACCUGCAGAAAUGGUGCCACAGGCUCACCGUGGCCUCCCGCGAGCGCGCCGCGCGCAACUUCCUCAACCACCUGAAGACCUUCGCCAACGGCGUCAAGUCGUAUGUGGAGGGCAUCGGCGACGUCACCGCCGCCGACCGAGAGUCGAUGCGCGAGAAGUGGGAGUCUAUGCAGGAUGAGGAUGACGACCCGAUGGACGGGAUGCACUACGGCGGUGGCUGGGCCAGUUCCGACCCCAUGGACGACAUGGAUGGGUUGGAUCCCUACGCGCUCGCUGGUCUGCCCCGCGCCAAUCUCUACAGGAUGCAAGAGCCUGCCGCUCCCAAGGUUGACAAGCGUGGAGAUCCCGUCGGUAUUGUGCCGCGCUUGGUGAAGGAAUUCAAGCAGGUCAUCGAGGAGUGCGUCCAAGGCCUGCAAGAUCGCUUCAGAGAUGGACUGGAGGAGAAGUGCAAAGUCGGCGCCGAAAAUGCAUCUUCUGCUGCGGUGGAAACCUCAGAUGUCUUUGCGGCUUCUAUGCACUGGGCUACUUACCGAGCCACUUUGAGGCGCCACGGGUCCUGGCGACAGGAUUUGAAUGUCGAACUCACGAACCCGUUCACGCGACAGAUCGCUAGCUCGUGGCAGAAGGUCUUCGAGGCGGACCUCUUCGCCUCGUUCGAGAAGUCCACCCUUACCGUGAUUGACAACCUUUUGCACGACGUCGAGCAGUCUGCCGCGUCGGGGCUGAAGGAGCGCGCGCGGGGCCAAGGCGAGUUGUGCCUUCAGGAGGCGAAGAUCGCGCUGCAGAAGACGCUAGACGUCGUUCGUGACACGGUGACCUCGCAACAGAAGGAGACGAGCCGGUGCCUCGCACCCCACAUCCAGGAGCAGCUGUUUGAUGGCUACGACGCUGCCAUGGAGGAGCGCGGGACUGGCAGCGUCGCCCGGCAGAAGGCUGUGUUCCACAACUACGUGGGCGACAUCAAGGACGAGAUGUUCAAUGGCGCGGUGGACGUGCUGUUCGGGCGCCUGGACGCUGCGGCGGAGGCAGUCGGCAAGGCGCUCGAGGAGGCGUUCGAGGCGCUUGCCCAGAAGAUCGAAGUCAGCAUUGCGGUGCUGUGGGAGGGCGUCCGCGACGACCCUGCGCAGGUCAAGGCGCGCGAGGCGGUGAUCGCGAGCAUGACAGAGAUGAUUGAGCAGGUGGGCCUCUGGCAGCAGGCGGACACCGUGCGGCAGCCGCCCGCAGGUGCCAUGGAUGAGGCGGAGUGAGCUUUGUGCUCACUAGCCCUGACUGUGUCGUUGCUGGCAGACCAAGGUAACUCCUCGCGCCGUGUGACCUCUCCCGGCAGAAUUGCUGGGAGUGUCAGCGUCUCGUGUGCUUAUGCUUAGAUCCCCCAUGCAGUUUCGUUUCACUCUUACAUUAUCCAUUAUUACACGUAUUCGUCGUGCUUUGUCUUCCUCUCGUGCUCUCGUCCAAUUCUCAGUAUGUGCAUCGUAUGUUUUGAACCGGUACCCUAUGCGAAGAUUAGUCGUACAACUGCUACCAUACCCCUUGUGCGGACCGUCUGCGUAUUUGCUUGCCCCUCUUGCCAAUGAUAGUGUACCUUUCCCCUUGAUAGAGCUUCUCGCAUGUUGUUGCUUAGCGCUUGAGCUCGAAAGAGGAUCCUAGCUUGCUAUAGACGUACAAGAAGUUGCUCCUGUAAUAGAUCGAUCCCUAUAUGCUUGUUACACGAGGCCUUGGA